AUGAACAUGUGCUCCAGCUCCGCCGGCCUAUACGAAGCCAAAGAUCGCUCGGAUGGGAGCACUGAGGAUUCAUUACAAUCUUCCACACAGACACUCAUGCACUCGAGAGGAAUAUUGCGUCGCCUGCUUGGUGCAAUGACGGACCCAGUUCGGCGUGCGGAGGAAUUACGACAUAGAGUGGCUCGUGAGGAAGAACAUUCGGAUUUCUCAGACGACGAUUACACUGUGCUCGGAAGUGGUGCAUCGUCGAAUGACAACCGACGUGAGCUCAAAUCGCAACUGAGGCGGUCAGCUGAGGAGGACGUGGUGCACUAUAACGGGGAUAGUGCUCCAUUGCCCAUCCCUUGCGUGCGCCAGCAGGAGCAACUGGGGAAGAGGGAAUACCAUCCGCUCCGACUGGAUGGUCCACUCCUGCCCUCCACCAAUAGCGCUUUCACGCCUUGCGACUUGAAACGGCGUCAGAUGAACAGUCCAUCGACACCACAGACUGAGCCGUCGUCAGGGCUCGAUGCGGAACAGUUUGACGUCCCUUCGCAGCAGACAUCCAUCUCCGUGGUGCAUGGGACCUGUUCCCAUUUACCGAAGCCGACUCAGUCACAACACAUCCGGCUUGAUCCCAUCUGCGUUGAGAGCCAUGCUACCACUAUCCUCAUCAAAGCUGAGGUCGACUCUUCAAUAUGUAUGAGAUGGGUUCACUGUUACCAUUGCUCGUUGGGCGGAUCAUCAUGA